UAAAAAAGUGUAUGGAGAAAAAAAACAGAGAACAAAGAAAUCAGUCCAUUUAAAGAGAGGUGGCCCCGGACCCCGCAGCCGUGUGAUUCCCGGCACAGCUGCGCCAAACCCAUCCUGCCUGCGCACCACUGCGGCUCUACGGCGGUGACGAUGCGGACUUCUCUGGUCGUGUGCUGCUGCGUCUUUGCGCUGCAAUGCUUCCCGAGCACGCUUUGUCUCCCAGUGCGGGGAUCCGGCAGGUCCAAAGUGGCACCGGUCUCUGAAAAGUUCCCUGACCUGAAGAAGAGAGGAAAGGUGCCUCACACCCAGGACUUUGGGUUCACCUCUAACCUGUGGAACCGACCUCGCUGUGGCGUACCAGACUACCCUGUCCAGGAAGAGGUGCGUUACCAGGGACAUCACCGCCAGAGACGCUUUGUCCUGUACGGAGGACGUUUGGACAAGACAGACCUCACCUACAGGAUCGUCCGGUUUCCCUGGCAGAUAAGUGAGGAAAAGGUUCGACGUGUCUUUCGGGAAGCGCUGAAAAUCUGGAGUGACGUUACUCCACUCACCUUCACCGAGAUCCACAGUGGGAAGGCCGACAUCCGCAUCGACUUCACCAGGUACUGGCAUGGGGACAGCCUUCCCUUUGACGGCCCGGGUGGGAUUCUCGCUCACGCCUUCUUCCCCAAAACACACCGACAGGGCGACAUCCACUUUGACUACGAUGAAUCAUGGACCCUGGGAAAUCACAUGGGCACAGACCUUCUCCAGGUUGCAGCCCAUGAGUUCGGGCAUGUCCUGGGCCUGCAGCACUCGCGUGAGCCAAGAUCCAUCAUGUCUGCAUACUACAGCUUCUCCUACCCGCUGAGGCUGAGUGAGGAUGACAAGCAAGGCAUCCAGUACCUGUAUGGAGUCCAUCCACAAGUCCUGCCCACACCGCCACCCCCCCCUCCACCUCCAGCCAACCCCGAGACCAAUGAGAUCAUUGCCAAUCCCGACGCCUGCCAGACGGACUUUGAUGCUGUGUCUAUGAUCCGGGGGGAGCUGUUCUUCUUUAAGUCGGGCUACGUGUGGCGGAUCAGGGACGGGCAUCUGGAGAGCGGCUACCCGGCACUGGCAUCCCGGCACUGGAGGGGGAUUCCUGACAAUAUUGACGCCGCCUUUGAAGACAAGUCAGGGAAUAUUUGGUUCUUUCAAGGUGAGAACUACUGGGUGUUUGAUGCUGAGAUGCAGAUCAGAGGCCCCGAGUCCAUCAGGACUUUGGGUCUGUCAGUGCCUGGGAUCCAGGCGGCACUGCGCUGGGGCCACAGCUCCAACUACAACACCUACUUCUUCAAGUCUGGCAGCUACUGGAAGUUCAGCCCACGCGAGAACCGAGUCGAGUCAGUCUACCCACGCAGCAUGCAGGACUGGAACGGCAUCCCCAGCGACGUGGACGCUGCCUUCAGGGACAUCUACGGCUAUGCUCACUUCAUCCGAGGACGACAGUACUGGAAGUUCGACCCCUUUGACAUGAACUCCUUGGAGGGCUACCCCCGCUACAUCGGCAUGGAUUUUUUCGGCUGUAGAAACGUGUGAGUCUUUAACUGUGGAAAAUCCAGCAUAUCAUUUUUUGACAAUGAAGGGGAGUUUGUGGAACAAAACCUUUUAUACGUUCAUACUGUGGACACGAGGGGACGAGAUGAUCUCCUACAGUCUCUUCAUUCUGUUCUCCAUUUAUUGAUACUCAGAUCAAGUCCACCUUCUCAGGAAAACCGAGGUAUGUCCUCUCAGACCUGACACCUCCUGUGCAGCUACACCCGUGUUUAUUUUGCACAGUCUGUCACCAUGCGGCUGAGAUCUGGGCCCGGUAUAAAUGAUGUGUGACACAUGUGAACUGCACUGUUCUCACCUCCUGUUUUGAGCCUGACACUGAGAUUUUGGUAGCAGACAGAGCCAGUUCACACUGUUCCUCCAUGUAGUGGAUGCUUCCAUUUCAUGUUUUGUUUUUUCAUUGUGGAGCCUCGGGUGUUGGGAGAGUGACAUGAAACUUAACGCUGCAGUAGACAGAUUUGGGCAUUAGCUGCUGUAGAUAGCAGGAAACAUUUGCUUCAAUUAUGUAACAUAACCCCAGCUUUUAACAAAAUUUUCAUCUACACUUUGGCCUGUUAAGGACACGACCACAUGCAGCUGAUUUUCCUGUGAAUCUAAACAAAAGUCACAUCACUCCUAAGUUCCUCUAUCAUUGUACUGUUAUGGAAAGCAGUCACUCAUCCUGCACAAAGAUUUUUUAUGACCUAGUUUUGACCAAACACAAUGGGCUUGUUUGUGUUUUUGUGCCAUGGAGGUACUGUGACACCUGGAUACAGGUGUACUGACAGUUAUUAGCCUGGUGCGUACACCCCACAUUUUCAAUUCAUAACACAGAGUGAUAACUGACAGGUUUAUACUUGGAUGUGUCCUGUCAACAGUUUCACAAACAUCUCUUUUAUCACUGUGGUCUAUGGAGAAAGUGCUUUUUGGGCUGCAGAGGGAUUUUUCCUUGCAGCGGCCACAUGGAAAAACUGGCUGAACAGUGGAGCAGCAACAUGUUACUGACACAAGACAUUUCUGCAUUUCACCCAUAUGAAGCCAAAAUGAAAUUAGUUGUUCACAGGGAAGAAACGGUGGCAACACCACUCCAUGUCAAGUUUUGAUGUCGCUCUUCUAACAUGAUGGUGUGGAGCUCAUUCACCGGCCUGCAGGAACAGCUGCAGAGCGCCAUCUGGAGUCAGCAGUGCCACCCUGCAGGAGAAGUGAGAGACUUCCUCAGAGAAUGUCUUCAUGUUUGGUCAUUGUGCAUCUAUAACACAGUGCUCUGAGGUCAAUCCCAAAACAAGCUUAAACUUUGAUUCUAUUCUAGUUUGUCAGGCUGUUUUACAAAACAUGAAGACAGUGUUUCACAAGCAUUUAUCACAAAGGUUACCACAUGCACGGCUGUGGUGGAAAGGAACUACAUGUACUUUCCAUUUUCUGCGACUGACAGUGACUUUCUUUAUCAGUUAUUCUGCCAACAAUUAUUAUUUUGGACAGUUAAAUAAUCUAUUAUAGAAUUCAAGGAAACAGUAAAACAGCUUGAUAAACGUUCCUACAGGCCGUCGGUCGGCAUCUUCAGCUGCCUUGUUUUUUCUGACCAACAGUUAAAAAUCCAAAGAUUUUCAAUAUACCGUCAUGUACGACGAAGCAAAGCCUCAUAUCUUUGGGGAAAAACAGCAAAUCAAAUUACAAAAAUAAUUAUUCAGUUAUCGUAAUACAGUAGCAUUGAUCCAACAGCUAUAGUUAAUGAUCAGUUUUAUACAAGAUUGAAAUUUUGCAUUUAGAAACAUAAGGUGUCCCAAAUUCAUGCUACAUACUAGUUUUAUGCAGUACAGUAAACUGUUGUUGCAGUUCGUCUACAAAAAGAAUCAGUUUUCCCUUUAUGAGCACCUCCUUCUUUUCCUUUGUGCAUAGCAUUGUGGGAGAAUAGCGUGUGUCAUGCAGACUUGGUGCUUCUCCAAAACCUGCGUAGUAGUAGUGGUGUGGAUCUGGGACACAUGGUUUCCAACCGUUUUACCCUCCCAGAGAAACCAGUGUCUGUUUCAGAUGUUCGAGCCUCAUUAUCAUUUCCACCAGAAAGACAUUAAACACAAAAGAUCAGAGGAAAACUCCACAGAACUAACCUGAACUUGUGCAGCCGUGUUUUUUCGUCUGUCCUCUCCCAUUAUCGAUCCCGAGACCCCUCAGAUCUGGUGACAGUUCAUUGAAGAAGUCAAAACUAGCUCAAGCAACUACGACAAUAAAAUGGUGCUCACACACUGAUCCAUCAGUAUUAACAAUUUAAUAAUUAGUAUGUAAUAUUAUACCAGUCACAGGUGACACCGUACUGCAGAGAGAGUACUUUUACUUCUGAUACUUCAAGCACAUUUUGCUGAUAUGUGUGUUCUUGGGUAGGAUUCUGAAUUUACCUGUAAUGGAGUAUGUCUCAUGAACCUGAAAAACCCAUGUUACAACCUCUUAUUGGGUCACGAGCCAAAGGUAGAGAGCCGCUGUUCCACCCAAUGUGACCCCCCCCUCGUGUGCAUCAUAUGCUCGUCUUCAGUGCAGGACACUGACGAGUCUUUACAGUUUGCAUAAUCUUCUAUGGCCUGGUCUUGUUUGAAUCACUUCUGUAGUAUUACUCAGUGAAAGUAUUUAUACACAACCUGCCAAAUGUUUCUUGUACAUACAUGUCUUUGAUUAUUACUGUUGUUGCUCGUAUGUAGCCUAGACUCUGUACGGGAAAUGUAUGAUCCGCAUAUUGUGUCCUUUCUAAUAAAACCAUAA